ACAGAGGGGUGUGCUCAGCUCAGGCUUUGUCUCACCUGCUUCUGCGGCUUUUUGUGUUUUCACUGCACUGUCACACUGCUGGGAACAUGUCCGUCUCCGUGCCGCCACCAAAAUGCCUGCAGAAACCUUUGGCGGUUCCUCAUCGCCACAUGUUUGGACCGGGACCUUCCAACGUGCCUCCGCGGAUCUUGGAGGCCGGGGCCAACCCCGUCAUUGGACACAUGCAUCCGGAGAUAUUUGAGAUCAUGAGUGACAUUAAAAGUGGAAUCCAGUACAUGUUCCAGACACGCAACAACAUGACUUUAGCGGUGAGCGGCACCGGUCACACAGCUAUGGAGUGUGCCAUCUUCAACGCAGUGGAGCCCGGCGAAGGCGUCCUGAUGGCGGUCAACGGCAUAUGGGGAGAGCGAGCAGCAGAUAUGGCGGAGAGGAUAGGUGCCAGAGUAAAUACCAUAGUGGCGCCCCCUGGUGGUUUCCUCACUAACGCAGAGAUUGAGCAGGCGUUAUCCAAACACCGGCCCGUGCUGCUCUUCGUUGCACAUGGAGAAUCCUCUACAGGAGUCUUGCACCCUUUAGACGGCGUUGGGCAGCUGUGCCACAAGUAUAACUGCUUGUUUCUCGUCGACUCUGUGGCGUCUGUGGGAGGAACCCCUCUGUACAUGGACCUGCAAGAAAUAGACAUCCUGUACACGGGAUCCCAGAAGGUUCUGAAUGCUCCUCCGGGCACAGCGCCCAUCUCCUUCAGCGAGAGAGCGUGCCAGAAAAUAUUCAACCGAAAGACAAAGCCCGUGUCGUUCUUCUUGGAUCUGAGCUGGCUCGCAAACUACUGGGGAUGUGAUGGCAAGCCGUCAAGAGUAUAUCACCACACAGGUCCAGUCAGUGCAUUUUACUCUCUGAGGGAGAGUCUGGCUGUCCUCGCUGAAGAGGGUCUGGAGAAUUCAUGGGACAGACAUCAGAAAGUGGCGGAGUAUUUCCACACCGGUCUGGAGAACAUGGGACUCAAACUAUUUGUCAAAGAAAAAAAAGCGAGACUGCCUACGGUCACCACUAUUGUUGCUCCGCAUGGAUACGACUGGAAAGAGAUCACAUCCUACAUCAUGAAAACACAUAAUUUAGAGAUUUCUGGGGGCCUUGGACCUUCAGUUGGCUUGGUGCUGCGUGUGGGACUGAUGGGCUGUAACAGCAGCGAGGCCGGUGUUGACAUGGUGCUGGCAGCACUGAGAGACGCUCUGAAACACUGCCACAAGAGCAAAGUGUGAAGGUUGCUGUAAAGAUUACCCUCAAUCAGCUCUACUGUCAUGAGAAGGAAUUAAUAAACCACUGUUCUCAGUAGUCUGUAGCACCUUCUGUCAGGUCUGUGAUCUUCGAUUACCUACUUUUUAAAAUAAAUAUAUUUUCACUGCAAUCUGUGUUUUAACGUUGACAUGGUGGCAGUCAUGGGUCUGAGAACAGAGGGUGUCGGACUGUAAGUCGCCUUGAGGCAAAGUUGUGAAUUGUGAUAUUAGGCUAUGUAAAUAAAAUUGUUUGACUUGA